AGUAGAGCAUACUCAGGCAAGAUGUCGGCAUCAGCCCUUCUCAAGAGCCGCGUGAGGCGCCCAAGCUACCUCAAGAAGAUUGCCAAAGCUGAGGACUUGAUGCACCACUUUCCCAAUGGCAGCUAUAUCGGCUGGUCCGGUUUCACUGGAGUUGGAUAUCCCAAAAAGGUCCCAACAGCCAUGGCCGAUCACGUUGAGAAGAAUGGCCUCCAAGGUCAACUCAAGUACAACCUGUUUGUUGGCGCUUCUUCAGGCGCUGAAACCGAGAACCGAUGGGCCAAACUCAACAUGAUCGAGCGUCGCGCUCCCCACCAGGUCGGGAAAGAGAUAGCAAAGGGCAUCAACAAUGGCAACAUCAAGUUUUUCGACAAGCAUCUGAGCAUGUUUCCCGUCGAUCUGAUGUACGGCUUCUACACAAGAGAAAAGGCAAACAACCGCUUAGACGUUGCUAUCGUGGAAGCUAGCGCUAUCACCGAAGAUGGCGGCGUAAUCCCUGGUGCCUCUGUUGGUGCCUCACCAGAGAUAAUUCAGAUGGCGGACAAGAUCAUUAUCGAGGUCAAUACUGCUGCACCUUCAUUCGAAGGCCUUCACGACAUCACCAUGACUGAUCUUCCCCCUCGUCGCAAACCUUAUCUGAUCAUGGCUCCUGAGGACCGCGUUGGCACUCCACAUAUUCCUAUUGAUCCUGAACGUGUCGUCGCUAUUGUCGAAUCAGACUACCCAGAUCAGACCCAGCCUAAUGCCCCAGAGGAUGAUACCAGCAGAGCCAUUGCCAGCAACCUUAUCGAGUUCUUGAAAUACGAAGUCAAAAGAGGACGUCUGCCCGAAAACCUCCUGCCACUUCAAUCUGGCAUUGGAAACAUUGCCAACGCCGUCAUUGGUGGUCUUGCCGGAGGGAACGCCGAUUUCAAGAAUCUCAAAGUCUGGACUGAGGUUCUGCAAGACUCUUUCCUCGAUCUCUUCGAUUCAGGUAUGCAAGGGAAAACACGGAUAGCACGAUUCCAUCGACCAGAGGGUAUCUCGGAGCAAUUACCACAAAAACAUGCUAACUGCAUCCCCACUUUACAGNGCAACCUUGACUUUGCAACUGCCACCUCUAUUCGCUUCUCUCCCGAUGGUUUCAAACGCUUCUAUGAAAACUGGGAGCACUACUAUCCCAAGCUCUUGCUUCGCAGUCAGGCAGUCUCUAACUCGCCUGAAGUCAUUCGCCGCCUUGGUGUUAUCGGAAUGAAUACACCCGUGGAGGUCGACAUUUACGCGCACGCCAACAGCACCUGCGUUCUCGGAUCGCGCAUGUUGAACGGUCUGGGUGGAAGUGCCGAUUUCCUGCGCUCGGCCAAAUACUCCAUCAUGCACACCCCCUCCACUCGUCCCAGCAAGACUGACCCGACAGGUGUUUCGUGCAUUGUCCCAAUGUGUACGCACGUCGACCAGACCGAGCAUGAUCUAGAUGUCGUUGUUACAGAGCAAGGAUUCGCCGAUGUCCGUGGCCUGUCCCCUCGCGAACGUGCUCGUAUUAUCAUCAAGAAGUGCGCUCAUCCGGACUACGUGCCCAUCCUCGAGGACUACUUCAACAAAGCCGAGUUUGAAUGCCUGCGCAAGGGUAUGGGACAUGAGCCUCAUAUGCUGUUCAACUCAUUCGACAUGCACAAGCAUCUUGUUGACCACGGUACCAUGAAGAUUGACAAGUGGAACUGGUAUGGUUAA